ACUGAGUUAGUUCCUGCCUCACUGAUUAUUACCUAGGUGGUGCUGAGACGCCGAGAGGAGGCGGCAGCUCCGUAUCGUCACCAGUCCCUCCCCCUCUGCCUCCCCGCCCCGGCCGCCGAGCUCACUCCCCGGGCUGAAGGGACGCCGUGAGCCGGCGCUGGGACCCGGAGCGAGCGGCCGGCCGCUCCAUGGCAGGGAGCGGGUGGGACUGGUUCCAGCGGGAGGAACGGAUCGGACACAUCAGCGACCUCAGGGUGCAGAACCUCCAGGUUGAGCGAGUGAAGACACAAAAGAGGACAUUUACCCGAUGGAUCAACUUCCACCUGGAAAGGUGCAAGCCACCACUGGAGGUGAAUGAUUUAUUCAAUGACAUGCAAGAUGGGAAGGUGCUGAUGGCUCUUCUGGAGGUGUUGUCCGGACACAGGCUGAUGCACCAAUACAAGCAGUCAAUGCAUCGGAUUUUCCGACUGAACAACAUCGCCAGAGCCCUGCAAUUUCUGGAGGAUGGCUAUGUGAAGCUGGUCAGCAUUGAUGCCCCCGAGAUUGCAGACGGCAACCCUUCCAUGAUCCUUGGCUUAAUCUGGAACAUCAUCCUUCAUUUCCAGAUAAAGGAAGCAGCUGGUCACCUGAAGAUCUUCUCCCCAACCUCCAGCCUGUCUUCCUUACACAACGGGAGUGAGAAUGACCUGACAGAACACCCUGCUUCUCCUCAGGAGACGGUUCCCAUGGGUCCAUACAAGGACCAGAGAAAGGUUAUUAAAGCACUGCUGAAGUGGGUGCAGAGGACAACUGCAAAGUACGGUGUAGCUGUGCAGGACUUUGGAAGCAGUUGGCGGAGUGGAAUUGCCUUUCUGGCUCUCAUCAAGGCCAUCAAGCCCAGCUUAGUGGACAUGAAGACAGCCCUGGAGAGACCAAGCCGGGUAAAUCUUGAAGAUGCUUUCAAGAUAGCGGAGGACAGCCUGGAGAUCCCACCACUCCUUGAGCCAGAAGAUGUGGAUGUUGAACGUCCUGAGGAACAGUCCAUCGCUACCUAUGUGUCACAGUUUCUGGAGCACUACCCAGACAUCGAUGAGAACGAUUUGGCAGAAGAUACCCUUGAAUUUCCAUUGGACAACUCUUACUUGAACCCUGUUGCUACAUCUUCAAAUCUAGGUGUACAAGAUUCCUAUAAGACCCAAGAAAGAGAACUGUCCAGUAACUCAUCUGCUUCACAGAGCUCCGACGGACCUGUCCACACCUCGCGGAGAGAGGAGUUGGUUGAUGACCAACCGUUUCACGAGGAAGAUGAUCGCUCCCUUGUUAUCGGGGAUGGUUCUACCGAGGGAGAACCAAUUCCUUCAUCCAUUCCUGAUGCCAAUAACUCAAAGAUAUUAUAUCAAGAUAGCAAAUCAUCAUCUUCGGAUCUGCUGAACAGAUCCUUGCAGCUUAACCCUGAUGCCGCUGAGACUAUGGAGGAGAUAUAUGUACUUCUGCGUCCAGUGAGGAGAAAGUCUUCAACGGGUGAGAAAAUACUGGUGUUGGGGGAGGAGCCGUCCUCCCCAGUCUCCCAUGAUUACGGUUCACCAGUCUUAGCAAAUGACGUUUUCACGGUUGUACCGAGUGUUGAAACAGAACAACCUUCUGUUAAAGGGCCAUGCGACUCCCCCUUGGAGACUUCCUCAGAAAAAGAAGCCACACACUUUUAUGAUUCCAAUAACUCUCAAGGUCAGUCUCUACAUCCUGUAGAUCUUCAAACUGAGGCUCGGAAUAGGACCGUUUCAGAGUCGUGUACGCAGACAGAUGAGAAGCCGUCAUCUCAACAGAAUGAGUUGUUCUCUUUGGGGAUUGGCUCAGCUCUCUUGGAUGAAGAAAAAGUGUCCGUGAUUCCACUUAAUCUUGUUUAUUACCCUCAUUACAAUGUACCUGUGUCCGAGGUACUUGAAGCUUUCUCAGUUACCGGUACUUCUGAAAAAGAAUUUAUUCCUGGGAUUCAGUCCGACAAAGAAUUAUCACUACUUACUGAUGAAGCGUAUCAGUCUUCUUCUGAGCUCAGUCGUACAUUUUCACUGCAAGAACUUAGUCCAACCUUGUCUGAAUACAUUUUAUGCACCCCUGACUCUGAUCGAGUAGACUCCUUGAAUAAUUCCAGUCUUUCAGAAGCUAGAGAGAUCGUUCAGCCAUUGACUUCCUUCCAAGAAACUGAGAUGUCCAAGUUUAUGGCUGGAGCAAAGACUUGUAUCCCCAGUGAACACCCUGCAGUGCCUCACAAUGAACUGCCGGAACAGCAUGUACUGCAAGAUGUCAAUGGACGUUGGGAAGAAAAGUCUUCAAUACCAAAAGAUGGAGAUCUUCAAGUGUCUGAGGGAGAAGAUCAAGAGGAUGAAGAGGAAAGGUGUGAAGGUCCAGAGGAGGCAAGAAACCAGCUGUGGGACCUGCAGACAAAUACAAGAGGCAGGACAGAAGAGAUUGAAGAAGAUGCCGAGAGCUCUGGCAGUGAUACGGAGCUGGUGGCAGAAGCCAGCUUACAACAGAGUGCAAUGCCACAAAGCACAGUCAUUUCAAGCUCAACUGCUAUAAGAGAGGCUGAAGAUGUGAGAAACGCAAACGGCUACGAUCCUUAUAGUCCUGGUCAAGAAUUUCUCCCAGAAGUGGUGGAUGAAGAACAUUUAGAUCUUUGGCAACAACAGAUGAGUAAGCAAGAUCACAUGAAGUUAUUAUUGGAACCAGGAAAACCCAUCCCAGAUGAACGGUCCCAUGAUCUCCCUACAUCAGCUGGGAUACAGGAAGGGCAGCAUGAGGUGUCAGAUUGUCUGUUGCUGUUGAAUGAACCAAAAACUACAGAGCAAACAUGUUUCCAAACAAGGUCACCCCUAGAGUCUUACAGUCCAAGUGUAUUGACAUUUGGUAGUCAAGGUGCUUCCAUCGACAACUGUGAUGAGAUGUCUUUAGAUUCAACUGUGCAUCCUCAACUACCAUACCUGAUUAUUGUCCUCUGGAUGGCCGUGUACUGGAUGAUUAUUCUUCUACACCUUGACCUGGAGACCCUGGCGCUGUUUUCAUCCAGUUAGUCUUACCAGAUAGUCCAUUGGUAACAUUUUGUUCACAGUUGACAUUUGGGUGACUAGUUUUUCAUUGUUGGGUUUUACCUUUAUUGUAAAUUUUAAAAAUUGUUCUCGAAUGUUCCUGACAUCCCAUAUUGAGUGGUAAAAUCCCAAUCUUCCAAUACCUUUAACAAACUUUAAUGGCCAGUUUUUAUAAUUGUUUCCACUGGGUGAAAACUGAGAAACAGUUUUCCUUCCAUAAAAUCUGAAAGGGGUGAUUUGUAAGAAUGGCUAGGAUAGGUUUGGCUAUUAAUAAACCCACUUGUGCAAGUGUGUGCACCUUCGAAGAGAUGGGACAUCAUGUUGCAAACCUUCUACACUUGUACAUUGUUCCAGAGGUGUAAGUUUGGAGUAAAAAGGAAGCUUUGUGUGAGGGUGUAAGUACAAGAAAGUGAACAUUUUGUUACAUGCGAAGCAAUCCUUUUUAAAUUAUUUUACUUUUCUGCCUGGGUAUGUAAUUAACAAGCUGCAACAUGGGGUGUUAAUGCCAAAACUGAAAAGAAAAUCCAGGUAUGUAAAAAGCUCAAACACGUGGCGUAGAGUAAUGAAACAAAGAUUACAGGUUUGGGCACAGUAGCUGGCCAGGUGGGAACAUCCCUGUGAUUCUGCACUUCUAGUGGAGUAUGCCUGGAGAAUUGGGAUACCGGUCACAUCUCCCCAUUUUCAGCCCACACUCCUAUUACUGCUGGAUGCACACGUUUGUGCAGCCACCCCGUGUUUUGUGCCAUAAACAUGGUUUUCCGUGUUUCUGCCGCCUGUGGCUUCUCAAUCUUCAGAUGAACCACUUUGGUUUCCCUCGGAAGUUGGCCCACAAUUUCCCACCAAUCCUUCUCUGAUAAACCCUUUAACUUUUUUUUAAUUGGGAGCUGAUGGAGAUUAUCACAGCCUUAUUUUGCUGUGCCACCCCUUGCUAAAAUAACACUGAAAAUAUAACGAAAUAAGGUUGCAUCGUGGGCAGUCAUCUGAACCAUAGUGGUAAAAUAACAAAAUAUCAUCAAUACCUGCAGGAUAUAUCUCCCUCUCCGUCAUAAUCAUAUUCUACGAACCAUUUAUUAGUUAUCUGCCAGAGGGGGUACAAUUUUGAUAAUGGGCAUGCAAUGACAUUGCUGAAAAUUGAGGACAAAGACCUGGCACAGUAUGGUUUAUCUUCAUCUCAGUGAAUUUCUCUUUCAUCCAUAGCGACAGGUAGCGAUACUUAAAAUGAUACGUUAAACUGCCACAGGAAGUAGAGGCCGGGCCUUUGCUGUUUGUGUAGCUUGUGUACAAGGGCUUAUGAAUGACAUUUUACGUUUGCGUGUCUGUGUUUGUGCAGCUUGUGACAAAUUUUUUUUUACUAUUUAAGAGGUCUUGCUUUUACCUUGUGAAAGGAAGGUUUAGCUCUUUCUCCCCACAAAGUGGGAACAUCCUCUAUAUAUUAGAUUUUUCCAGAUAGGCAGCGUUGAGAGAACCAGAAUCAUUUUCAAAAUGUAUCAAUAGGUUGACCCACAGCAGGUCUUUUACGAAGAUUACGUCCGGUACCCAGCAGAUGACCUGUAAAAUUUAUAAACUGCUGCUCUCUAAAAACAGUCAAGCCAGCUGUGGAUCCUGUAGACCAUAACAAGCCUAACACCUUGUUGUGCCUAAAGAUCUGCAUCUGCUUCACUGAUGGGCACCUUCCUGAGAUAUGGCCCUACGUCUCCUAUGAAAUUAGAUCUAGCUAGGGGCCAGCGUAUUCCCAAUGGGAUAUGUGUUUGUCCGAAGGAGCAGAGCCCCACACCACUCCCUUAAACUUUUCCUCCUCCCACCUUAAAACUAUGCCCUCUGGUAUUUGACAUUUCUUUUUCAAUCUUUUUAUUAAUUUUCAAAUUAGUACAAAAUAAUAUAUAUAACAUUAGUAAUUAUACAAAUCCCUUAAUCCAGCCAUGGGACUGGGGUCAUUUUUGUCAUAAUGGACCCUGAUAUUUUGAUGUCCUAUUUUGCUUCGUGUUUCAAAUUCAACAUCUCACCAGUUCGCUCUCGUUACCUUUACUUCUACCCUACUUAAGGUUUCUCUAACUACAUUCUCUAACUAGCAGCAUUCAGGCAAGCGAGCUCUUUAUACUUAUUAGUAACUGCAUCUCCAUUGAUACCUGCAAUCUGGAAACUCAGGUCCAAUAUCCUGUCAGCAGCUUGUUUAAGAUCCAUAUAUUUUAUAAAUCAUGGACAGUGGGAUGUGAGUUUCCAGUUUGGGGAUUGCCAAACCUCUCUCCCUAAUCCAGAAUUAAGCAAGCCAUUAUUAACACACAAGAUGCUGGAGGAACUUAGCAGCUCGGGCAGCAACAAUGGAAGGGGAUGGACAAUCGAUGCUUCGGGUCGAGACCCUUCAUCUGCACUGAAAGGGGAGGUAGUUAGUUUUAAGUGGAGGGAAGGUGUGGAACAAGAGCUGGCCAGUGAUAGGUGGAUCCAGGUGAGGAAGGGAGUCAAGUGGGUGGGUGAAUGGCUACCUGCUACCUCUACCAAUCAGCACUUUUUUUUUGAGAGAGGCCUCAGAGAGUGAGUGCAGCACCUCAAGGCCUGGUCUGCUCCUGUCUGCACAAGAUCCUACAAGCUGCAGCCACUGGUUCCUGAUCAAGAGCAAGAAACCUAGCUUGCCUGCGUACACACACCGCACCUCAAUGAGCCCCCUCCCCAUCUCUCGGCAGUCAGUCAUUUCAAACCAAGGUGAGGUUUUCUAGUCUGCAUAGUUCAAUGGUUUUCUGUCAUUUCCAGCACACUAAUCAGACCUCAACUAAUCUACUUGGGCUGCACUUGCCUCAACCACCCAUUUCUCAAACCCCUGGUUGCUAUCCGAUCCGAGAUGUCCUCUUCCAUAAUGCUUAAAUGAGGAUCCCUUAGAAUUACUUAAUAGUACUAUUAGGUUAAGCUUAAAAAAAAUACUACUUGUGAUCACAGAGUGAACCAGUGUUGCAAAUUAGAAUACCUCCCUACAUUUAAUCUGUAAAUAGAGGAAGGUAGAGUCAAAACUUGAAGUGUUUCACUCCCUUUUCUUUAAUGUUGCCUAGUUACAGCUGGGGUUCAGAGUUCAUGGUGUGGUGCCGCAGAGCAUACACAGUUUCAGGCUCAAGCACUCCCUGAUCUACACCAAGUUCCGUCACAGUGACCUUGGUGCCCUGGAUUAGUGAAGCAGGUUAAUGUGGGUCUGGGUUCCUGAACCAGGACUCUAAUGUGAGGUUUAGAUAGUCAUGUGGAGUUGAUUUUCUUGCAUGGGUGCAAUGAAGGACUUGCUUGCAGCAGCAUCACAGGCACGGAGGUGCAGGGCACAGGAUGCUGAGUGUUGCUGAGGCUCCUGGUUCUUGGGUUGUAACUGGCUGAACACACAGCGCAACUCUGGUUGGCUCUGCCCUAAAUUAUCCAUCAACAUUCUUACUGUAGGGUCCGAAUGCAGAAAACAGAUAAGGGGCUUGUCUCUCAGUGGCGACUCCUGUAAAAACCUCGGCGGCCGGAUAGCCAGUACAAAGACGCUGACCCCACUUUUUGCAUCACUGCUAUCUGCUAGGGUCCACUUUGACAUGAAUAAAAGCUUCCCUCCUGACCUGCUUUAUCCUGCGGUGCCCCUGCAGUCGAAUGGCCCGAUAGCUUUCAAGGAUCAUAUGUGGAUACAGGUCCUCCCUGAGUUACGAACGCCCGACUCAUGGACAGCCUGUCCAUACUAGCAAGUGUUUGGGAGACUGGCGGGAUGGAUUUGCUGGCUGUUGCAGGGCUGCGUGGGAACGGGGCAUUUCCAUGUCUUCUCCUUCCCCCCCCACCCUCGAGUCACAACAGUGGAGCCGAGAGUGCUGGGCAGACUCGCUCACGCACACACUGAGUCAGUGAGACCAGCUGGUGGCCACACUUCCUUCGCCACUGUUCCCCACACACAGUUUUCGUUCAUUUCCAACUUAUGAACAGUUCUCGAGAUUGAAACCCUGUGGUAACCUGAGGGGGGGGGGGGGGGGGACCUGUAGGGAGAUGGAUACCUGUGGAACUUUGCCAGGAAGGCAUCAUCACUUUCCACUGAAGCUGGGAAGGGAAUAGGAAACUGUUUGUUUACCUUGGACUGGAAUUAGACACUGGAGACCCCUGGCGGUGUUACAGGUAUCUGAGAUCUAAACAGACACUAGAAUUCUAUAGCUAAUUUAUAAAGAGUACUGGCAGGUACAGUAUCAAUAGCUCCAUGUUUGAUUUUUUAAAAAUCCAAUGAGAUGAAUUUAAUCAAUUUUUAUUGAACCAAAAAUAAUGUUUGUGGAAACUAUAAUGUCUGACAAAUCAAGUCAUGACUGUUUGUUUCCCAGUAGUGUUGGGUUAAGGGUCAGGCUUCCAAUGGGUGGAUUGUGGUUAAGUUUGCCAAUAUUGUACUUGGUUAUGGUGGGUCUCGUUCAGUCUUGCUGGGAAGAAUUCGGGAAACUCAUGGAAGAACCUAUUGGGAUGGGGGGCGGGGGGCUCCAGAGUAUACUGCAAUUAAUUCUCAGGUGAGAAGAAAGCCUGCAGCUGAGAAGGGGUUAGGGUUAGCCUAACCCUAAUACCUGGCAUCUCUGGAAUGACUCUGGGGAAAAUAGUGGUCCCCAGAUCAUUCAGCGAGGAACCAGCGUAGGGCUCGAUUCUCUCAGGUCGUCAUACAGAGCAGCAAUUUCCCAACUAAAUCCGGGGCACCCUGCUUAGUGUGGGACUGUCAAUAACCUUCUCACCACAACCUGGGCUGGGAGAGUCACUGUCCAAUAAACUUCUGUUUAUUUUACAGUCGACUCGAGCUUGCAUGUUCUGAGCACUGCAAAAUCCAAGCUAAUUUCUUUCCUGUGGCUCAGGGCUCAGAUUUGGUCAGAAAAUAAUAAGGGAAGUGGCUGUCUCAUACGAUCUAAUUUAAGGGACAGCCUUAUUUUCCUUUCAAAUGAGGUACAGUUGGCAUCCUUAGAGUGGCCCAGAGGUCAGGAUGUGUACUUUCCAACUCCAGAAAUAUACCGAGACAUCAGUCAUUUUUAGUUAUUGAUAGAAUUUGGUUAUCUUGGCAGUCUUUCAACCCACUAUGUUAUUAAUAAAAGUAUAUGGUGAAUCUUGAAAUCAAAAUACUUUCACACAAAAGUUGAUAUUACUUCUACAGAAUGGUGUACAUUUUUGGUCUAAUUUUGGAAUAUUCUGUAAAGAAAAUUAGUUUAUGUGAAUAGAAGUUUCUUCAAACUGUUUAAUAAAAAUCUUU